AUGGCGCAUGCAGCAGGGCCGAUUGGCAGCCGGCAGAUGCCACAGGAGAUGGGCCCGGAAGCCUUCGAAUUCGUCGGACGCAGGUGCUUGUUUCGCCUCGUUUCGUCGCGUGGUUUGCGGCCGUUCAGGCCCAGGUUCUGCUCCGUCGACGUCCGCGGCCGCGGCCGCGAAGUCGGGUUUCCGCGUGCGUCGCGCCCGGAUGACGGUCUGCGUCACUGGGCGGGGAGGCCAUGGGCGCCGACGGUCGAGCAUGAGAAGGGGGAGAAGCACGAGUUUUUAUGGGGGCCCCCGAAUCUCGACGGUGGCCAUCACAUACGCGCCACCCGUCCUGGGAUCGCCGCGGCCGGCCGCCCGAGCGACCAUCAGAGUGCGCUGCGACCUGGGACAGAUGCCAAUUAUGCGGGGAGAACGGUUCUCCCGUCCAACUGCCUCCGCUGUUGGGAGUUCAAACCAGAUCUAGAGGACCACCGUGCCUGCGCAGGCGCGCGUGCUCGUGUCCUGCGGCCCUGCAUGCGCGUGACGUCGGUCGUGUGUGUUCUACUUGGGCACUGGUGCUGUAGGACGGCAGCACAUGCAUCGACGCGGUCGAAGCUGUCUCCCUGA